AUGGUUAUUCCAAAAAUAUCACGGACCCUCAGUAUUUUCAAGCCGUCGGCUAGACGCUGGGUGGCUGCUCCUCCACGGCUCGAUGAAGCAAAUCUUAGCCAAGGUGUCAAGUCGGACAGUUACUGUUUGUCAACCUGGAACAUUAAUGCAUUCUGGCCUCGACCAGUUGCUCGUGCGACCGCAAUAAUCAACCUGCUUCUGUCUGAAGCACACUUAUCAAGCGACAUUAUUUUUCUGCAAGAAGUCACUCAGGAAGUUCGUAGCUGUCUGCUACGAGACACGCGAAUUCGCUCGAAUUAUUUAGCAACAGACGCCGAAGACACUACCGCAUUUGACGAUGUUCCAUUCGCAACUAUGAUGCUACUAUCCAAAGCCCGUUUCUCAAGCCAAGGCGCAAUCAUCGGCCCCGUCGCCAGGUUCAAGCUUCCGAGCCAGUACCGAAGAGAUGCACUCUGCACAGACGUGUUUCUCCGGCCGUCUACAGCAUCUUCUUCAACACACAUAGGGAUUGAAGAAUAUUGCCGUCUGCGUCUCGUCAAUGUGCAUCUUGAUUCAUUGAGUUCCACGCUGAGCUAUCGCAAGCAGCAGAUGGCCUGUGUUUCUGAAAUACUGCACGAGAGCAACUCACAAACAAAACAGUCGAACAUAGGUCUUGUCGCAGGCGAUUUCAACGCCGUUUGCCAAGAAGAUGAGGAGCUAGCCAUGAAGAAUGGACUUGUUGAUGCCUGGUUUCAAUUGUAUGGAGCAGAUGCAGCGCAGCCCCAGGUCAGCACCGACCAGAAAUCCAAACAUUUUCUCGGGCCCCGAAGGCUAGAUAGAGUAGCAAUCACGGGGCCGUUGGAAUCAAUGGAGCUGCAAAAUCUUUACCCUGGUACCAUCCCAGUCCCCAAGCCAGGCGAGGUGAAGGAUGGCGAGGUGAAAUGGAGUGAUCAUUCCGGGCUGAGAUUCACAUUCAAGCUUCCUUGA